AUGGCAGUAGUCCAGUUCAAUGUGAACGACACGAGCCCGACCUUCUCUUUCUUUCCCCGUGCCGAUACUUUCUCUCCUCCCAACAUUUCUGCUGGUUGGGAGCCGUUCUGGACCCAGCCAGGCUUUUCCGCCAGUCCAGAGACGAUUGGCUCGGGCCAGAGUUCACAUAUUACUUCUCUCGAUGGAGCAUCUUUUAUCCUUCACUGGAAAGGAACGGGGAUUCAACUCUUUGGCAAUGUUACACGCUCAUCCUUCUCCAUUUCGAUCGACGGUCAACCCACGCAUAGCCCAACUGCCGACCUCGACAGCAACCUACUUUUCAAUCUCCAGAACCUUCCCAACUUACCCCACACGUUGUCCUUCGUCGUCCAGGCCACGGGUCAGGUUCCCAUCGUCCAGCUCAUCUCGGCCGUCAUUUCCGCUCCCCCUUCCCCCGCCAACAUCUCGAUCGCCAACUUCACUGAAGUUGUACUCAACGAAACGGCCUGGUCCUACCAGGGCCGUUGGUCUUUCUUGAACGACUCGGACUCUUCACAACGAUCCGCAACUGCUGGCGAUAAAGCGACUUUGCACUUCCAGGGAACAUCAUUUCUGUUACGGGGGUCAACCUCCCCCGACGCGGGCAACUACUCGGUCACCCUCGACAACGUUACGACAACAUAUAAUGCUCGGUCUUCCUUUGCCCAGUCCGACUCCCUUCUCUUUUUUGCCUCUGGAUUAGACGCCAACACCCUACAUCAUGUCGAGAUCGACAACACUGAGGGGGCCACCCUCAUUCUGCCUAUUCGAGGGGCGUCUGUGUUUUCUCUUCCUGACAAUGCUACCAACAGCACAUCUGGGACUUCCGCCGCCGCCUCGGCUGCCGUAAGUCCUAGUAAUGGCGGCGGGUUGUCUAGUGGGACAAUCGCAGCCCUCGUCCUUGCUGGUGUUUUGAUAUUCUUCAUCGUCGUCUGUGUGCUGGUCUACUUCCUUGUUUAUCGUCCAUAUAAGCGACGGCAACGCCUACUUCAGCAACCACAGAAGGAAGAAGAUUUACAGGAUACUGGGAGUGUCUUAGUAGUCGACAUUGCGCCAGAUGCGGUCACCAAGUCUUACUACGACCACCAUUCCGGACCCUCGCAAGCCCCAGCUAACCAGCGAAGUGGUUUCGCUCGAUGGAAGGAGGAGGUUGAGGGCGGCCGGCUGGGCAGUUGGAGUCGCGGGGCCUUGGGUAUUGCAUUCCGGCAUUCGGAUUCCUCUGGCCGGAGAGGCACGUCAGGAUCGUCGGUCGAGUAUUAUGACCUUGAUGGAUCAUCCAACGGCUACAAGAGCUCGUCUUCUGAGGGAUACACCAACCAACGGAAAGGGAAAGGGAAAGAGCGUGGCAGUCGCUGGUCACUGAAGGGUAAGAGGGAAAAAUCGGCCUCUCCACAAUUCAAGCUGGAGUUCCCCAUCGACGAUCCUCCGCCAGCAGCUGGCUCGCAUCUCACCGUCCCCACGGAAAUAUCUUCUUUGUCAUACAUGUCGUCUCCUUCCAUUCACCCUACCACUAUCCCCUCUGAACCCCCAACGCCGCCUCCUUUCCCCAACACUCACUCUCGAGUCAACAGCAACAACCCGCUACUUGUUUCGGAAGAUCCCACCCCAACCUCCCGCCCACGACUAGACGACCGUGGUAGUGUUCGUGAAUACGACGCUGUUGACGACGGACAAAGUAUCAUUGGUGAUGGUGCUGUGCGAAUAGCGCUACGCAGUCUGAGUCCACGGACUAGCGAGAACGAGCAGUCGCCGAGACAGAGCACCAAACGCCGGAAAGAAAAGCGUGUGAAACGGGAGAAAACCCCUUCUCCACUGGCUGCUGAUGCUGGCGGGCUGACUUUGCGGGCCACGAGUCCGUUCCAGGUGGACUUUAAUGGUGCGCGCCUUUCUGGGCAGUCUCGUGUCCGGUUUGAAGGCGAUUCGGGAGGGAAGGCCAAGCCACCAAAGUCUUCCGGCCACCUCAAGGACAUAUCUUUCCUUGAUUUCACCAGCUCGUCUGAAGCGUCGGUGAUGACCCGUUCUCGUGACUACUCUGUGUCUUCUCACUCCUUUGGGCCACAAUCACACUGGAGUGCUGAGGCCAACUCCAGUAAUGAACGUAAAUCCCGAUCCAACUCCAGCAAUCUACCUCUUGGUGAACCCAAAUCUCGAUGGAGCGCUACGACUGCGCCGAGCUCAGAUGCCCAUCACCAAGAUGCCUCAAAUGGCUCUUCCGACUCCAAUUUCCCCUUCCCUGUUUCCCUCCCGACAUCACCCCAUCAUCCAGCUGGAACCUUCAUUCCUCCGUCCCACCAUCCAGCUGAAAGCACAAUGAGCAGCCUAAACUCCCACCCCCUCAGCGACGACAACCUCACCUCCCCAACAGACAGCUAUCCGCUGUCGGUCUCGGACAUCCAUUUCCGCCACAGCGAUUCCGAAGAGCCGUCUACGUCACGUGCGACGAGUGGUAUCCCCGGCCACCCGCCAUUGCCGUCUGCCCCUCCUGAAGAGGAGGAGCAACAGCAGUCGUAUAUUGUCCAGCGCGUUGCUGGAAUCAGCACACCCUCGCCGAGUAUCGGCACGACCAUGCUGGCCACAACCCCAACACCGACUGCAACCCGCUUUACCUCGAGUCCGGGGACACGGCCCGCGGGCCAUACCACUCGUUAA